GACAUUCUUGAUAUUUGAUGGUUGACAGACGGUGACAGGAAAAAAAACCGUCGUACGUACAGUACGUAGUGGUUGCCGCCAAGUUGUGUGUGUUUACAUUUUGAUUUUCUAAUAAAAUCUAUCUCAAAACAGUUUUGUAUGUGAGAAACAGUAGUGUUCAAGUUGAAAUGAUGAAAACCGAUCAAGCGAAAAAGGUGAUCAUCAAAAUUGAUUCGGAGGUACAGCAGGAGAAUGUUAAAAACACCAGGAGAGGCUUGAAAACGAUCCAACCCACCACCGACAAGGAAAAUUUCUCCGGCAGAAUCAUUGCUAAAGAGGGAUUAAAGUUUUCUGGAAGUAACGAACCUAAAAAACCUAAACCAUUGCUCAUGCACAAAGAAACUCAAACUGAGAAAUACAUAACCGAUAUCGAUGAUCUAACUGGAGAGGAAGCAGGAUUAGAUUAUUGGAAAAGAUUGGCUGAAAAGAGGCAAGAAUGUCUGGACGAAAGCUUUCAGGAAAUUGAAAAAUUGAAAGGCAAUAUCGAGACUCUGCAAGAGGAGAAUAAAAUAUGCAAAGAGAUGUUGGAUGAAGCUAGGAGUCUUGUGGAAGUUUUACAGGAAAUGAUGCCAGAUGAAGAAGCAGCUGAAGACGAGUCUACAACUACUAAGAAGAAAGACUCAGAGACUGACUCUAAUUGAAUAUUGAUAAUAAUAACACAUUGACUGCCUUCUUGAGUCCAACUCGAUCAAUAAGAAUAGGGUUAUAUUUGCAGUAUUGAAGUCAUCUUGGUUUACUCAAUUUGACAAUAAUAACCUAUCUAAAAUAUUGUGUAUCUGUUUCUACUGGAUGAGAGUUGAUGUGUUUAGUAAAGUAGUGCCUUAAUUUUAAUGUUUUUAGUUUAGAAGACAAUAUUUCUAGUUUCUCAAACGAGCCAAAGCAGAGUUGCAUAAAGAAUAUUAUACACAAAUUAACCUUGUACCUAAUUAUUUAAUACAGAUUCUACUAAAUUAGCAUCACUCGGAAGUUUGAUCACAUAAUGUAAUUUUUAAGAAUUUUUGACUAAUUUUUUUUGUGGUAAUGAAUAAAGUUGGGGUUUUGUAAGUAUAUACCUAUCAAAUAUGGAACGGAA